AUGGGUUCAUACGAGUAUGAUACACAGCAAACGAAUCCAACAGGAAAGAGUAACCACGCCGCCACAGACGUAGCAGAUACAGAAGAAGUAAAAAAACUUAAAACUCAAUAUAAGAAUGAAUUAAAAACCCUACAAGAACUAUUCGAGGAUUGGACGGAAGCAGAUUUGCUCUUUGCACUACAAGAAGCUUCAGGGGACCUCGAUAAUACGAUUGCUCGAAUCAGUCAAG